AUGUAUAGCGGACUUCUUCCAAAAGGUCUAUCAGAAGCAGAGCUUAGUUCUGAUGAUUCUGAUGCGUGUGCAGGGGACCUUGAUGGGGCUACUGGAGCCGAUGUGAGAGAAUGUAAACAGAAUGCUAACGUUAACGCACUCAUAUCCAGUGAAACUUCACCCACACAAGGUGAGACUCUUGAGUUUGUUGACAGUACUAGGCCCAAUCAUUCCUCAAAUGAAUGCUUACCUGGGGUCUCUGAAGAGAUGUGGAAUAAGUUCAAACACCUUCAGAAGCAAAAGGACGACCAAAGGGGAGAGUUACCAUCAACAAAACGAAAAAGAAAGCGAAGAGCGAAUAAAAGAAAAUGUUCUGACCCACAGCACAAGGAAUCUAAACAGGUGGAGGAAGUAAAUGCACCAGAAAAACACCUCGAAGGACUGAAGCAGUAUUUUGGCAUUAAUGACAGAUUUGAACCCCCGGCUUGUAGCAGGCCGCCUCCUAAAUCUGGUCUUGAAAAGACUAUUGACAGUGCUAUUGAAGCAGGGGACUAUAAAAAGGCAGAGGAACUCAGUGACAGUCUGGCCACUCGAGAGCUGGGUGUAAAAAUCAAAAACGCGGUUGACUGCCGUGAUUUUGUGCAAGAUCAGGAAAUUGAGGCCUCAAAGGCAGCCCAGAAAAGAAAGAAGAAUCUUGUUUGGGGCUUUGAGGCAAAGAGGAGAUGGGAAACUAAAAGCAACAUGGGCUAUAUGUGAGCUUUUGUUUGUUAACAAACUAUUUUGUUAAUUGUAUUAAAUUAAAAGUUACAUUAGCUUUCCCAUUACA